ACAGAAUUCAGCUAUUUGUUAUGGUACUCGAAUCGGGUGUCGGUUAAAAAGUACGAUACAGAAGCGUAUCAUUUUAAGAGAUGUGCACUUUACGCCUUUGCUUCUGUCUUUUGUGUUUCUUACGACAUGCAGAUUGGGAAUGGCACACGAACGAGAAGGCGCUGGAAAUGACGGUCUUUCCUGCGGCCCCAAUGCAGGAUAUCUGAUGGCACCUAAUAUAGUGAAUAUGCCAGGACGCCCUGUCUUUUCUCACUGCGUCUAUAACCAGAUGAAGAGAUGCCUAAUAAUCGCCUAUGGAGGAGUUUGUGUACCCGAGAAUUCUCGAAGCGAGAGGUGCAAAUGGCGAGAAGAUGCUCCACAUUCGAGACGGGCUUACUCUGAGCUUAGAAAAGAGCCAAGUGUUUUCCGAAAACUUCAUUUUUGCUAAGGGUGAUGAUGUAAACGACUCCAACAGUUCUCUGAAUGUCAAGGAAAUUGAAGAGAGUUUGUACCAGGACAGGAAACACGGCUCCUCUGUUGUGGUCCAAGAAUCAAAUGGAUAUGUCCAAGUGACUGGUAUCCUCACUGAUAGUUUAUCAAUCGAGCCAGUAUUAUCUAAUCAACGAUCGAAAGACGGAAUCGUUGCUCACUUGAUAUCGAAGUUUAAUGAUACGUCCAUCCCGAUGUAUGCUGAUCAUGUUCAUUAUACACACUUAACAAAACGAGAAGCUAGGGGCGACAUCCACAGAGUGGCAAGACAACGCCUGCGGAACUUGCCAGAAACAGUAACGGUUGAAACGAGAAUAGUCUACGACGAUGCUCUUCAAAAACUGAAAGGAAGGAAUCUCAAUCAAUAUUUGGGAAUUGUAAUGAAUAAGGUUAACGUGCUGUACACUGCGCUGCAAAACCCAAGGCCUCAUUUUAUUGUUGUAGGCAUUGAAAAAUUAAAGAGUGAAGUGCACUUAAAAGUAACUCCUAGCAGACACUUGGAGGUUUGCGACACUGUACACUCCCUUAAUCAUUUUGUCGAUGGAUCAUGGCGGAGUGAUGCUCAGGAUGUCGUUGCAUUCGUCUCUGGUCUACCAUUUAGUAGGGAGAAAAAGCCGUCAAUAGGAUGCAGUAUGGUCUGUGGUAUGUGCACGAAAGAAAGAGUAACCGUUCAAUCGGUUGAGGAUUUAAGCGAUGUAAAAUCUGCACUACUUAUAGCCCAUGAAUUGGGUCACCAAUUGGGAAUGGAACACGAAGGAGAUCGUGCAAGCUUUUACACUCCUGGAAAUGCCCACCUUUCCUGCGACUCCCGUGCAGGAUAUGUGAUGGCAGAGAGAUUGAAUACGGCAGGACGCUCUUUAUUUUCUCACUGCGUCUAUGACCAGAUGAAGGGCUGCCUCAUGCAGAAAGACCAAAGCUGCUUUGCAAAGACGGCAAGAAUGCAACUCUAGGAGGAAGAUUACAGAAAGUUCAUACGGAGUACCACUCAGUUACGUAUAACGUGCUUUGCACAAUAGAAGCAAAACAAUAAAUAUUAAU